AUGGAGAGUUUGGCAGAUCAGCUCUUACAUGGCCAGCAGAGCUACAACUUCACCCCAGACUACUACAAGCAGCCUUCUUGGCUACGAGUGGCCUAUAAAGCAGCUAAAGUGGGUUUUAAGGGAGGAAAUAAGGCCUUUCUACAGCAGCGGGCCGCCUCUGAAGUGUCAGUGGAGGGACAGGAAAGUAAUAUCGAAUCAGUCAGAAGAUUGACUUAUGGAGACAGAAGUGAAAUUAAAAAUACCAAAACUAUAAUUUUAGUGGGAGAAACAGGAACUGGGAAGACCACCCUCAUCAACACCAUGCUCAACUACCUGUUGGAGGUGGAAUGGGAAAACAGAGUUUGGCUCCAAGUCACAAAUGAUUACUGGGGGUCCCAAGCCACCAAGUCCCAAAUACAUUCUCAAACAUCUGUCACCACUAUGUAUGAGCUGUUUCUUGGAGAAACGUGUCUGAGAAUCAUUGACACUCUGGGUUAUGGAUCCACAGAUCCUGAAAUGAAACAUGAUGGGGAAACUACGGAUCAUCUGCACACAUUAUUUCAAUAUGGCAUUUGUGAAAUUGAUGCCAUCAUUCUUGCCAUGAAAGGAAGUAAGAAUCGUUUAAAAGAUUAUCUGCGUUACAUCUUAAAUGACAUUGUGUCAUUGUUUGGCAAAGAUAUGGAGGAAAAUGUGGUGAUUUUUGCCACACAUUCAGAUAGUGUGCCUACUACCAGUUUCAUCAAUGCCAUCAAUGAGGCAGGUGUUCCUUGUGCCAAAGAUUCUCAUGGAGAUCCUCUCAUAUUUACAUUCAACAACCGACAAAAUGAGAGUUACAGGGAAGAUCAAGAGGAUUUCUUUAAGUCUUGCUGGGACAUGGGGUACACAAGCAUGGACAGGUUCUUUAGUGUUUUUGUGGACUUUAACAGAAAGGAGUUGAAGAUGACACAGGCUGUUCUCAGGGAGCGAAAAAAUCUAGAAGCCUUCAUCACCAAACUACAGAAUGCCAUCGAGAUGGAAGGCUAUAAACAUACUAUGCUUCUGCAGACUCAAACUGCCUUUGAGGAAAACAUAAAGGCACCUGGACCAAAAAAAGAUUUCUCUUAUGAAGUUGAUGAGCCAUGCAAAGACAAGGUUGCAAUCCAGUCUGCAUGGUGGCAUCUGAAAAGAAGAGCGACACGCUGCACCGUGUGUAAGGAGAAUUGCCAUUACCCAGGCUGCUGGUGGGUGGACGACCUCUCCAAGUGUAGCUCCAUGAAAGACAACAAGUGCAUUGUGUGUGAAGGAAAGUGCCCUAUCUCUAAACAUAUUAAAGAUGGCAGUUUCUACAAACCAUCUACUAGACGGGUUACAAAAACGUAUGAAGACUUGAAAAAACAGUAUGAGAAGAAUAUGGACCUCAAACAAGAACUUGAGCAAGAAAUACAUCAAGUUAAGAUUAGGAAGGCUGACCUUUUAGAGAAGGCUUAUCAAUGCAUCAUGGAACUGGAUAACAUUGCCUUGAAUGCUGUUUCCACUCUUGGUAGUCUUGACUUUCUGAUUAAGAGUAUGAAGGAAACAGGAGAUAAUGAAAAAGUUCAGACCUUGGAAAAGAUAAACAAGAAAAUCAGAAAGGGGCAUUGGCCUUUUGGCUGGAGUUACCCACGGCCAUCAACAAAACCGCAGGCAAAAGCUGCAAAGUCACAACAGGAGUAA